AUGGCCGAUUUUUCCGCAACGUUUUUCCGUCAACUACCCUGGUUACAGCAUGUUCGGCUGAUGGAAGAAUCCCUCAAGUCAACGACUGCCAAUGUCCUACAGAAUCCAAAUGCGGUGUGUGAUACCACUGAGGCGAUGCUGGCGCGGCAGGCUUUCCCAGCCCACCGUUCACCAAGCCCUAGUCUUUCUGACACCUACCAUGUGAAACGACCAAUGAAUGCCUUUAUGGUUUGGUCUCGAGGCCAGCGCAGGAAAAUGGCCCAAGCGAAUCCCAAAAUGCACAAUUCGGAAAUUAGUAAACGAUUGGGUGCCGAAUGGAAACACCUCUCGGAAACUGAAAAACGUCCCUUCAUCGAUGAGGCAAAGCGGCUGCGGGCCACUCACAUGAGGGAGCAUCCGGACUAUAAGUACAGACCGAGAAGAAAGACCAAGAGCUCUCUUAAUCGAGAACGUUUGGCCUUUUCACAGACAAUUAUGCCGGGUACGUUCUGCAGACGCUGCAUACUGCUGUAUGAGCCGAAUGCAUCUUUUUCUCCCUAG